AUGGAUAGUAAUUGUUAUUAGUAAAUUGAGAUUUUCAUUUCUGGAAGAUAAUUGAAAGACUUGGAUUAUUUCAGCAAGUCGGAUCCUUUUGUAAUAGUGUACAUCAAAACAAAUAAUUAAUGGAUUAAGAUUGGAAAUACGGAAACCAUUUCUAACAAUUUAAAUCCAAACUUUAAGAGAACUUUUCAACUUGAUUAUGUGUUCGAGACAGUUUAACCAAUUAGAUUCGAGGUGAGAGAUGAUGAUGGAAGCAACUCAGAGUUGAUUGGUUAAGUAGAAACAACAAUAGGUACUUUAUUUGGAGCUAGGAAUCAGACAUCGAUUUUAGAACUUGGAUAAAGAGGAGGUAAACUAAUUAUUAGAUGUGAUAAAAUAUAAGAGGGAAAUGAAUUUAUGAUAAUGAGAUGGAGUGGAGUCAAGCUAAUGAAUACAGAUGGAUGGUUUGAUAAAUCUGAUCCCUUUCUUAGGUUUUACAGGUAAAGGGAGGAUUCUACAUAUAUUCAAACUUAUGAGAGUGAAGUAAUCAUGGACAAUUUGAGUCCGCUUUGGAAAACAUUUGAGAUACAAAGUGUUAAAUUGGCUCUUUCAAAUGAUAAAAAGAUUAAAAUUGAAUGUUGGGAUUGGGAAAAAAGUGGAAAACAUCAAUUUAUAGGAGAAUUGUUGACAACAAUACCAGAAUUGCAACAGACAAGAGAAUAUUAAUUAACAAAUCCCAAGCACAAGAAUCCAGGAAGACUGAGAUUAGAUUAAUUUAGUACAUACAUUAGACCAAGUUUUUAAGAUUAUGUAUAAUCAUUUGUAUAUCUUUAAGAUACGAGGAGGUUUGUAAUUAAACUUAAUGACUGCAAUUGAUUUUACCGGCUCUAAUGGAGCCCCUCAUCAGCCAGGUAGCUUGCAUUAUCGUUCUCCAAAUGGUUUAAAUCAAUAUCAACUUGCCAUUAAUGCAGUUGGAGAGAUUCUCCUUGCAUAUGAUUAUGAUAAGAUGGUACCUUGCUUCGGUUUUGGUGCCAAUUUGAAUUAUCCAACAAUGAGAUCGAACCAAGUUUCUCAUUGUUUCCCCCUAUCCGGAGAUCCUAACCAACUGAAUGCCUUUGAAUUAUAAGGAAUUGCCAAUCUUUACAAUUAUGCACUCGCUAAUGUCACAUUUUCAGGCCCCACAUACUUUGGACCAAUCAUAUCAGAAGCUCUUAGACAAAUAUAUGCUCAACAAUAAACUGAACAAAACGUAAGUUUUUUUUAAAUGUUUUAGGUAUACACAAUAUUAUUGAUUUUAACAGAUGGUAUCAUUCAUGAUAUGGAAUAAACUAAAUAAUUGAUUGUCAAUAGUGCUAGAUUACCUUUGUCCAUUAUUAUUAUUGGAGUUGGAAAUGAAAACUUUUCAAUGAUGGAAGAAUUAGAUGGCGAUCAAGGUAAACUUAAUCAAUUACUUUUUAGGUCUUUAUUCGGGGAACAAAAAGGCUGAAAGAGAUCUAGUUUAAUUUGUUCCUUUUCGUAAUUUUGGCGGAAAUCAGGUUAAUCUAGCAAGACAUGUAUUAGCUGAGAUCCCAGAAUAAAUAGUCAAAUAUCAUUAAUUGAUCGGCAAGAAGCCAAAUGCACCUUUGUUUGUAGAUAUCAACCAAAUGGGCAUGACUAUGGCAAAUUAACAAAUGAGAUAACAAGAAUCUUAGCAACAAUAUAUACCUUCUUAAAUUUAAUAACCCAAUAUAUAACCCAACACGCAACCUCCAUUUUAACCACCUCCUCACUAAUAACAAAUGCAACCACAAGUUCCAGGAUACUCUUCAUAAUAUUAGUAAUAAAAUUAACCAUAUCCACCACCUACAUAAUAAGGAUAUCCCUAUUAAUAACCAAUCAGUUAAUCUUAUCAAUAAGGGAGAGCUUCUGAAUAAAUCAACCCAUCUAACUUCAUGUAGUAAUAAUAUGGAUAGCCUGUCUAAAACAACAGGUAAAGUUGCAACCUAUAGUAAGCACCUUACUAAUAAUAACCACAAGGUUAGAUGCAGAAUAGUUAAAUACCAAAUUAUUAAUAUCCUCCUAUAAGUCAAUCUUAAGCCUAUGCUUAAGUAAAAAAUCCUAUGGAGUGAAAAAUGUCAUUUAAAA